ACACAUGUAGCAGUCGAUUUUACGCAAGUGUACCACACGCUGCAAUACAAGGUGCGUUAGAGGCAUUAUAUUAAAUUGUCAUAUUAAUCUCCGGCGAGUCUUGCUUUCUACGAUAGCUUUUUGAGCAUCUCCGGCGGCGUGGUACCCGGCCGUCAACUUCACCAUCAUCAUCGGCAUGAUCAACAUGCAUGACCAUAUACAUUUCAUAUUAUCAUUUAAUUAACUCCGUUGACAACUACGUGUGACUGUUUGCGUAUAUAUAUAUAUAAUCAAGAAUUUGUAGCUGCUUAGAAAGAAAGGCAGUGCUUAAAUGUUUUAAGAGAUUGAUUGGUUGAUUGAUCAAGAAAACGUAAUCAAAAUGGGUUCUUCGUCCAACGGAGGCGUGCCACCUGGGUUUCGGUUUCAUCCGACAGACGAAGAGCUUCUACAUUACUACCUAAAGAAGAAAAUCUCUUACCAGAAGUUUGAGAUGGAAGUUAUCAGAGAGGUUGACUUAAACAAGCUUGAGCCUUGGGAUUUACAAGAGAGAUGCAAGAUAGGGUCAACGCCGCAGAACGAAUGGUAUUUUUUUAGCCACAAGGAUAGGAAAUAUCCGACGGGAUCAAGGACAAACCGUGCUACUCACGCAGGGUUCUGGAAAGCGACAGGACGUGACAAGUGCAUAAGGAACUCUUACAAGAAGAUAGGAAUGCGGAAGACUCUCGUGUUCUACAAAGGAAGAGCUCCUCAUGGCCAAAAGACUGAUUGGAUCAUGCAUGAGUACCGUCUUGAAGAUGCUGAUGAUCCUCAAGGCAACCUAAGUGAAGAUGGCUGGGUGGUUUGUAGGGUAUUCAUGAAGAAGAAUUUGUUCAAGGUAGUGAAUGACGGUGGUUCAAGCAUUAACUCUGCCGACCAAUACAACCAUGAUGCGUCCAACAACAACAACAACACACUCCAAGCUCGUAGCUUUAUGCACGGAGACAGUCCUUACCAACUAGUACGUAACCACGGAGCCACGACAUUCGAACUCAACAAGCCUGACCUUUCUCUUCAUCAGUACCCACCUAUCUUCCACAAGCCACCUUCUCUUGGAGUUGACUACUCUUCAGGAUUUCCAAGGGAUUGUGAGAGUGCGGCUAGUGAAGGGUUACAAUAUCAGCAAGCAUGUGAGCCGGGUUUAGAGGUUGGCACGAGCGAGACAGUGGCUAAUCAUAACCAUCAACAAGGUUUAGGUGAAUGGUCAAUGAUGGAUAGGCUUGUGACAUGUCAUUUGGGAAAUGAAGAUUCCUCUAGAGGGAUUAGGUUUGAGGAUGGUAACAACAAUUCGUCGGCUGUUGUUCAGCCAGUUCCUACGUCGAACCAGCUUUCGUUGCGCAGUGAGAUGGAUUUCUGGGGUUAUUCUAAAUAGACGAUUAUAUAUCUUAUGGGUUAUGACUAUGCAUGUUCCAGAUUACAUUUUUAUUUUUUUUAUUUUUAUGGGUGGAGGCAAAUUGCUUAACAAAACCCAAGUAUAUCCACUGUUCGAAUGAAUACCGAAGGGAUUGAUUAUCUUAUUGUGCUCAUCAUGAUCUAUGUACUGUUGUUUUCCUUUGUGUUGCAAUGCUUCUCAUACACCACAAAAACUUGGUUCUAUUUUUUUCUCCAAAAACAAUGUGCAAUUGUGUAUCAUGCAGACUUUAAACAUGAGUAAUGAUAUCGCUAUGAGUCUAUGACACUUACAAACAACUAGAGUACAUAAUAUAAAUUAUUUUCGUAACAGAAAAUGGUGACAGUUUAGGAUAGAAUUUAUCUGUAAUAAUAUAAUCACUAAAAAUCAAAAUAAAACCGAAUGAUGAAAUAUGUAUAUGACUAAACGCAAACGCACCAUCAGAUGGUUAUCCUUAGAAGCAAUAAUUAAGUAACAUUGGAAUAUAUCAAGAAGAUGCAGAUGGAAGUUUUUUUCACAAUGUCAACAGAAACUCUCAUCAAACAAAGUGUACAAAGCAUCUUCGAAGC